AUGAAGUCCACACUCCAACUGUUGACGGCUGUGCUGCCGCUGGCUUCGGCCUACCCCGCGGUCAUGGAGGCACUGGCCCUUGAGAAGCGACAGAAUGAUUUCCCUGAAGUGCCUGCGCCACUGUUCACCACCGACCGUGACAACUGCGGGUCGCAUGGCAAGUGCACAGUCUUCGAUGCUCAAGACCAACUUGUUCCAGUCUCACAGGCCAGCGGUCAUGAGUUCCGUGCCCCAGGUCGCAAUGACCUCCGUGGACAAUGCCCUGGCUUAAACGCAGCUGCGAACCACGCGUACCUUCCGAGAAACGGAUUGGCCACGAUCCAGCAGACCGUCGAUGGUUUGAACGCAGCAUACAGCAUGUCACCCGAGCUUGGCGCAAUUUUGGCAGCCAUUGCUAUUGCCAUCUCAGGUGACCCAAUCACCGGCCGCUGGUCGAUUGGUGGCGGUUUCAACGGCGCGCUCGGUCUCCUUGGACGCCCUACUGGUAUCGCUGGUACACACAACCGCUAUGAGGGAGAUGCCUCCAUUGUCAGAGGUGAUGCCUACAUGCACGGCGGGAAUGUCGGAUUUUUCGAGAUGCACCGCUGGAACCGACUCUACGGUCUCGCCGCUUCAGACGGUGGCCUUACACACGACAAGGUGGCCUCACAGGCGUACUACACCGCUGAAUAUUCGAUCAGGAACAACCCAUACUACUUCUCUGCACCCUUCUCCGGUCUGGUCGCUCCAGAUGCUCACAACUUUGUGGUUCACUUCAUGUCCAACCGCUCGCAAGAAAACAUGGGCGGUGUUCUCAACGGCGAGGUCCUCAAGUCCUUCUUCUCUGUCACUGGCCAGCCCGGCUCUUUCGUUCACACCCCUGGCAAUGAGCGUAUUCCAGAGAACUGGUACAAGCGACCAACUUCUCAACCAAUGAACACUGUUGAUACCAACGUCGACACUGUCAUCAACGACGGCAUGUACCCAGGCAUCAUCAGAUUCGGCGGUAACACUGGUACCGUGAACAGCUUCGUCGGUGUUGAUACCGGCGACCUCACUUCCGGCGCAUUCAACGGAGCCUCGCUCUUGGAAGGUAACAACCUCUCCUGCUUCUUCUUGCAAGCCUCGCAAGCUGGUUUGGCCGAUGCCAUCGACCCUCUCCUCCAGCCUAUUGGCCAGAUCCAGAACUUCUUGAACGCACAGCUCGGACCUCAAAUCAGCGCUCUCGGCUGCCCACAACUCGACAGCUUCGACAACUCGCUGUUCGGCAAAUUCCCAGGUGCCCAGCGCAGGUCUUAG